GGGUGCGGAAAAAAAUCCGACCAGUACCGGGAGUUAUAACAUCUCAAAGAGGAAGUGACGUUCUACGCAUAGAUUCCAAUUUGUUGAAAUAUGGCGGCUCCUCAGAAAGAAACCCGCGUAGCGGGAGGAGGAUUUUGGAAUCCACCGCAAGUCCAAUACAGCCAGCAAACACACAGUUUGUUAAAGGAAAUGAUGCAAGAAUCAAGGCUUACAAAUACGCAACAAAGGAACUUGGAAAAAUCUCUUAGAGGUGGAGGUACACUUCCGCUUCAGUGUCCACCAACACAUACAAACAAGAACAAAGAAGUUGUAAAACCAAGGAAACAAAGUAAAGUUCUCAACCCAAGGAACUACAAACCAACAGUUAGAACAAAAGAUCAAAUAGAAGCUAGUGGUGCUUAUGAAAAAACUGAUUAUACACCAGCACACAACUCAAUGGGCAGAGACAAUGAAAAGAAUAAACAAAGAUUAGCUAACAUCAUGGCAUUUGGUGAAGACAUAGACCCAAAAGACAAAAAGAAGAAGAAACUUCAGGUCCAAAUACAGGAGCCUCCUGUAGACAGAUUUGAUGAAUUGCAAGCAGAAAUUGAUGAAAGAAGAGGUUUCCUUAGAGAAAUGGAAGACCUUGGACAGGGAGCAAAAUACAGAACUGUUAUAGAAACUGAAUGCUCACAGUUGAUAAGAGAAAUGGAGUUACUUGAUAAGAAAAGAUCAAGAGAAUUAGAAAAAAUGAUUGAAGAAGACAAAAGACGGAGAGAGAAAUCAUGAUAUGAUAGAACAUUAACAUCUGACACUACCAAAGGAGACACGUGUUCAAACUCCUUAAAAAAUGUCUUUCAUAAAUAUAUAUUAAAAAGUUCACUGUUAAAGAUGAACAAUUCCCAAACUACAUUCCCCAUAUAGAUAUUAUGUAUCCAUUGUCACAGCACAGAAACUUAAACCUUAAUUAUAUGUGUUGCUGAUGUUUGUUAUAAAACAUAUGCUUAAGAUCAUAAACAUUUACGAAUAUUCUGAGUUCCAACAUGUAAAUAUCAAAUGUGCAAUCUUGAAUAGUAUAUGUGCUUACCAUGAAAUACAAUUAAAUGUAGCAAUUAAUCUUUAAAAAAUAAAAAAUUAAAA